UCUUCUUCCAAACGUUCCUUCAUCUUUGCAUCAUCGAGCACACUUGCAUUACAUUUUUUUUUUUUCUUUCGGAUUUUUCACAUUAUUUCAUAUCUAUGGGAGCAUUUUCUGUUGGCGACACACAAAAGGCGUUUUUUUUAUUUAUUGUAUAUUUUUUUGGGGCCGUGACGGGCAGGUGGUUUUGGCUUUUUGGUUUUUGGUUUUUUUUCCUAUUUGUUGUACUUUUAUCCCCAUCUGUUUCCGCCCCAUCUAGACUUUGUCACGAAUCUCGUUUGUCCCGUCUGCGGAGUUUUCUAGGGGAAAAGGACUUGUUUGGCUGGGCGGGCGGGGAUGGGGCGGCGGCAAGGGCGGGCGACUGGGCGACUGAGCGACUCGGCGACUCGGCGACUCGGCGGGGAUAGGGUGGGGGAACGGACCGACCGGACCUCCUUGUUCAUAGAACGAAGCUCGUACUAUAUAUACGGCGACUUGGUGUGUGGCUGUAUCAUAGAUAGCACGGG